AUGCUGAGAAAGACGCUAAGUGGUUUGCCGUUUGCUCGCCGUGCGUUCAGCUCCCGUGCGGCGUGCCGCCAGGUAGAGCUAGGCGUGGACAACCAGUCGGAGCCGGUGGGAGCAACGAUCACUCUUCCGUCCCUGUCUAUAGUGGAAAACUCUGAAAACAAGGGUAUUCCUGGACUGUUCAGUGAUUCCGUGCUCAAGGACAUCUGGACCGAGCAAACGGCACUGAGACUGGACGAUCUAAAGUAUGGAAUAUCUGAGUCGCCGCUCAGAAGCAGUUUGGAGUCCGCUUUCAUCGAAUACAACUCCAACAAGAACGUCUUCCUCAAGGGACAGAAGACGUCUCCUGCAAACCUGAUGGAGGACUUUGCCAUAACCACUAACAACCCGACCAUCGACAAAUACUACAAACUACUGUCCAAGACGGCGAAGAAACCUACAGAGCAGUUUGUAUUCCAGAAUGCCUCUGCCAUCUACAACCUGUACUAUUUCCUCUCGUCCCUGAAACCGAACCAAGACAAUACAGUUGCCCAGGUGGGCGUGGAGGAGCUCUACAAGACGCCAGACGUUUUCUCCGAAAUCAAAAACGCUCCUCGUCCAGAGUUCGCGUCGCAGAUCGAGGCCUCGUUCGGCUCUUUGCAAGAAUUCAAGACUCUACUGUUGUCCACCGCAAAGGCAGUGAAAGGAAACGGAUACACGUGGCUGGUGUACAAAUUCAGACAGCCCGAAUUGGGACAGGAAACUAGAGACCUGUCGAGAUUCUCCUCGCUGGCGAUUCUGAACACUUACAACCACGGCACUCCUCACCAUUUCAGAGCAGGACAGAUCUCGAAUGCCAGGGCUUUCAAGAAACAAAAAUCGGAGUCGUCCGAGGAGGACGACGGCUCUUUCAGCAUGUACAAAAUCGACAUUCCCUCGUUGGAACAGGCACAGGACACAUACGAUCCGCUGAAGUAUGUCUACGAGCCGCUCAUGGCCAUCGGAAACAACCCGUCCUUCUAUUUGAGAGACUACGGUGUGUUUGGAAAGGCCAGAUACCUCGAAAACGUGUGGAACUGCAUAGAUUGGAGCGUGGUGGAGACCCGGUGGGCCAACAGAGCUCUGUCUACGAGACGCUAA